AAACAUGACAUGUCUCCUUGAAAAAGAUUCUUCCAAGUGCCCAUACAAUCACUCACUCCUUUUCUCUCUUGCACUGUUUAUUUCUACUCUUGAAGACUCUAUAUAAACCUCUCACUCUCCUCAUUUCACUCACAACUAUCAUUCUUUCUCUCACCUUUCCUUCUUCUGCACCAGCUACUUCAUACUUCUUUUUUCAUUCCUCUUUCCAUUCCAAAAUGGCCACUGUUGAGGUUGAAACACAGCAAGUAGUACCAAAUGAAACAGUUGAGGUAACUAAGGUGGAUGAAACAACACCCGCCUCCGAGGUUCUUGUCUCAGAACCGGUCACCACGGAACAACCAAAAGAAGAGGCUGUUGCAGAAGAAGCUGUCGCAGAAGCAGCAGUAGAGAAAGAAGCAGAAACUGAAGUACCAGUUGAAGCUGAGACUACAGAAGUAGCAGAAGAAGCCAAGCCAGAGGUAGAAAACCCGGCAACCGAGAAAGUUGAAGAAGUGAAAGAGGAAGCAACAACUGAGGAGGCUAAAGAAACUACUGAAACAGAAUCAGCAGUAGCAUCAGCAGCAGUUGAGGAGAACAAAGCAGCUGAAACUGCAGUGGAAGAUGUCACCACAGAAGCAUAGACAAUUGUUGUCGACAUUGAUGAGAACUUUUCUAUUUUAUUGUUUGGUUUCUUUUUCCUUUUUUUCAUUGAUCUUGUCGUGAAGGUAAGUCUUUGGAUAUGGCUUUAAGGUUUAUUAUAUUAUAUAAAGAGUCAUGGCCAUUGAAGUUUGGGGAUGAUGAUAGUUCCAACAAGGUUCAACUAGCUUGAUUAUCAUAUGUAUUUCUCCUGGUUUGAAUAAAUUAUAUUUACUUUUAUUAA